AUGUUAAUUCAAGGAGUGUUGAAUGUGACUCUUUGUGCACUUUAUGCCCAGCCAGGUCCGCCAAAGAUACAGUUUCAAAAUGACACAUUCCAAUUAUAUUCUAUAAAUAGAAGACUAUGUCCAGAAAUAGAUCCUCUUAGAGAUACAAUAUUUGAGUUGUAUACAAGAUUAAAUCCUGAAGUACCCCAGAUUCUACGUACUGGUGAUGUUGCAGCGUUACAAAAGUCAAAUAUAAACUAUAAUUGGCCUACGGUUAUGUUCUUUCAUGGAUUUUUGGAAUCAUCACAGUCUGAUAAUGCGGUACAAAUCAGAAAUGCCUAUCUGGACAUCGGUGAUUACAAUGUUAUUCUAGUAAAUAACGAAAGAUUACUAGCAGGCUUGGAUUACUUAACGGCUGCUUUAAACUGUGAACCGAUUGGAAAAUUUUCCGCAAAAUUUGUAGAUUACUUAGUGGUCCAAGGUCUACAACUGUCUUCACUGCAUAUUAUCGGCAUGAGUCUGGGAGCUCAAAUAGCUGGAUUGUUGGGAAAAAAUAUAAAUUCUGGAAAAGCUGCACGAGUAACAGGCCUAGACCCAGCCGGACCAUUUUUUGAACUCCUACCAAAAUCCCAAAGAAUCGGUGUUGGAGACGGUAAGUUCGUUGAUAUUCUACACACUAAUGCCUACUUUAAUGGAGAUUUCAAUUCUAUUGGAGAUUUGGAUAUAUGGUAUAAUGGUGGAAUAAAACAACCAGGCUGUUCACUUGUCGACAUUCUGAAUAGAAAGGGAUUGUCUCUACCGGAGUUGGUAUUUUGCAACCAUUUUCAAGCAUACAGAACUUACGUCCAAUCACUGUAUGAACCAACACGAUUUUUGAUAACAAAAUGCACAAGUUAUCCCGCUUACCUUAAUGGAGCCUGUUCAAAUGGAAAUACUACCUAUAUUGGUGAAUAUAUUGACCAAACCCAAAGAGGAAAUUUUUACAUAAAAACUGGCCCUACAGCUCUAAAUAUUUAA